AUGAAGUUAGGCCGUGGUUGCUACCGGACCAAAGUGGACAUUCGAAACGCUUUCCGAUUAUGCCCUGUUGCCCCCUCUGACUGGCACUUGUUGGGUAUCUCUUGGGAUGGUCGUUACUAUUUCGAAAAAGUCCUCCCGUUCGGCCUUCGGUCAGCUCCGUACAUAUUUGACAAGUUUGCAUCUGCCCUUCAUUGGGUUCUGGAGGACACAUGCCGCCUUCCCCAUCUCAUUCAUUAUCUGGAUGACUUCCUGAAUGUAUCGCCUCCCAGUCCUCCUCUUGCCCAGCACCAGAAGUCACUACUGCUCGACCUGUUUGCAUAUUUACAGGUCCCAGUUGCACCUGAGAAGGUUGAUGGCCCCUCUACCGUUCUCACCUUCCUGGGCUUAGAGCCGGACACAAUGGCUCUGGAGAUGCGCCUUCCACCCUCAAAGCUGACUAAGCUAUCUACCACUGUGUCGGCCCUCGUCCAAUCCGGCCGGGUUCAGAAACGCGACCUCGCCUCCGUAUUGGGCAAACUCUCGUUCGCGUCCAGAGCUGUACCCGCUGGUCGCACAUUCCUGAGACGCCUGUACGACCUGGACAGAGCAACUUGA